AAAAAGGAUGUACUUUCUGUUUUCUGGCCGCAAACCCCACCCCUCUGCAGGGGAAAAAGCCAGAAGGAGGAGAAUAGAAAGCGAAACUUAAUUUUGUUUUUUUCCUCUUCUGAGCCAGGUUAAAUAGGGGAGGCAGCUUCUUCGAUCCUUCGAUUCUCCCUUGGCAAGGCUGCCCCUUUGCUGGGAACCUCCUCCUCCUCCUCCUCCUCCUGUGCCUGGCUUCGGUUUGAGUGUGUGUUUGUGUGUGUGUGUGUAAAACGCAUGUACAUAUCAGUCUCUUCUUCUCUGCUGCUGUGGGAACAGAAAGUUUCUCUUCCAGCCUUGGGCCAGUGUGAUGCCAUGCACAUACCUCGUCAUGGGAAAAAGCAAAGUGGUUCUUCGACGUCGGCUGAAAAUGUCUUCACCCCUCCGCUUCUUCCCCACCAUCGUGCUAUGAGCAGAUUCCCUGCUGCUUCAGACCAGACCUUGCCCAGAUCCGACAGACUCGAAGAUUUUCAUCAGAAGCAGGUCCUCUUCCUGCAAGGAAAACGUUCCGAGGCUUCGCUGUGGAAGCCCGGUGUGCAGAGGUCCCAAGAGCCGCAGACGUUCUUCCCGCCGCCCCGUUCGAAUUCAUGGUACAACUACAGGGAGACCCCCAGAAGACCUCCCUGUAAGGGUAGCUGGCCGGCACCGAAGCAGCCGUUUCCUCCUCAACCAAGUUACUUUGCGGUUACUUAUCCGAAGGGUGCCGCCGACCGACUCGUCUCCAGCUUCCAGGGGCUGACUCUGAGCAAGCAGGACGUUGAAGGGGAUCUCCUGGGGAUCCUGAGGGAUCUGAAAUCGGGGCAGACCAUCUCCGCUCGCCACCUGGCCCAGCAGCUGCGCGUCCAGAAGAAAGUGGUCAACCAUUAUCUCUACAAGCUUCACCAACGAGGGCAGCUGAGUCGGACGGAGACCACCCCGCCAUUGUGGAGGUUAGCCGACGGUCGCGACUUCGCCGAAGCAAGCCAAGCGGGACGUCCGGCCAUCCGGGACAAAGACAGCGGUUCCCUCUUCGACUUGGGGAUCGAAGAAGAAGUAGAAGGAAGUUCCGCUUCUGACCGGGAGGACUCGUUUGGUUCUCCUGACAUGGCCGAAGUCAAGGAGAAGAUCUGCAGCUUCCUGUUCGGGGUGGUGGACUCCACAGCUUACAACCUGGCCAAGAACAUCGGCUUGAGCAAAGCCAGGGAUGUCAACGCCACCCUCCUGGCCUUGGAGAAGCUGGGCGAGGUGCACAAGGAGAACGUCAACCCUCCCAAGUGGUCGCUGACGGACAACAAGCGGAAACGGAUGCAAGUCAAGGCCAAAGCCGAAGAAGUCCGGCAGGCGGUCCCGCCGGACCCCGAACCCCCAGCCCCGUGCCUCGAACCGGAGGCAACCCCUGCCGACGUGCCCUCCCCUCGCCCUUCUCCCCCUCCGCCUCCCCCUCCGCCGGAGAACGAGGAGAAGAAAAUCGAGAACGGGCAGCAGGCCGCCGAGCCGAUCGAGCCCAGCUGCCCUCCGUGGGCGAGUCCCGCUUGCAAGCGCCCCCGCUACCGCCACUUCUCGCCUUACAACUUCUUCGAGAGCAGCAGCUGGGCCACCGACGAUAUCCCCGAGGACAUGAACGCCAUCAGCAACCAGGACGAGUCGAGGUACAUUAUGGGGUCCCCUCUGUACCCCAAAUACCCGGCUCAGCUGGACACCGCUUUCCAGUGCACCCCCUUGGAGAAGCUCAUGGACUGCCAGAAGAAAAACCCCGUCAGCGGCUUGAUCGAAUACACCCAGUACAUGUACCAGCACUGCGAGUUCGUCUUGCUGAAGCAGAGCGGGCCGUCGCACGAGCCACGGUUUAAAUUCCAAGCCAAGAUUGACACCCGCCACUUCCCUCCGGCCGAAGCAGGCAGCAAAAAACUAGCCAAGCAGGAAGCGGCGGCCAUCGCCAUGAAAAUCCUUCUCCACGAAGCUCAGCACGAGGGGGAAGACAGCGUGGGGCCCGAGACUUCCCUGUACGAGGACACCUCCCUCAGGGAGGAGGAGAUGCCUGAGCAGGCAGACCCCGAGGCCUCGUCCACCGCCCCACAGCCCAACCUCCUCUGUGGGAAGAACCCCAUCAGCGCCUUGAUGGAAUACGCCCAGAAGCUGGGGAGCGUGUGCGAAUUCAAGCUGCUCUCUCAGGAAGGACCGCCUCAUGACCCAAAGUUUCAAUACUGCGUCAAGGUGGGCGAGCGCGUUUUCCCCGCCGUGGUCUCGAACAGCAAGAAGGGAGCGAAGCAAAUGGCCGCCGAGGUCGCCAUGAAAGGGCUGACGGGCGAAACCACCGGCUCACCUGCGCAGGUGGAAGCGCCGUCCGAGCCCAUGCUGGACGUACAAGCUAGCCAGCUAGCCCAUCCGGAGGAGUCCAAGACAGUCAGCGCCAAAGGCGUCGGCGAGUUGAUCAAGUACCUGAAUUCGAAUCCGGUCAGCGGACUUCUGGAGUAUGCCCGGGCCAACGGCUUCGCAGCUGAAUUCAAGCUCAUCAAUCAGACCGGCCCUCCCCAUGACCCCAAGUUCGUCUUCCAGGCGAAAGUGGGUGGCCGCUGGUUCCCGUCCGUCACGGCGCACAGCAAAAAGCAGGGAAAGCAGGAAGCGGCCGACGCGGCGCUCCGUGUCCUCAUCGGGGAGAACGAGAAGGCCGAGCACGUGGCCGAAGGGCUGGGCAUCACGGAGCUACCGGUCAGCGGAAGCACUCUGCACGACCAGAUCGCCAUGCUAAGCCACCAGCGGUUCAACGCCUUGACCGCCCGCAUCCAGCACAGCCUGCUGGGACGCAAGAUCCUAGCCGCCAUCAUCAUGAGGAGGGGGCAGGAGGGGCUGGGGGUCGUGGUCAGCAUCGGGACAGGGAACCGCUGCGUGAAAGGGGAGGAGCUGAGCUUGAAAGGAGAGACGGUGAACGACUGCCACGCGGAGAUCAUCUCCCGAAGGGGGUUCAUCAGGUUCCUGUACAAUGAGCUGAUGACCUUUGACCCCUUGGCGCCGGAAGAGAGCAUCUUCAAGCUGUCGGAAGACGGCAGGCUGAAGAUCAAAGAUGACGUCAGCUUUCACCUGUACAUCAGCACGGCGCCUUGCGGGGACGGCGCCCUCUUCGACAAGUCCUGCAGUGACCAGGCCAACAACACAGCCGGGGAGGAUCAACACCAGCCCCUCUUCGAAAACCCCAAACAGGGGAAGCUACGCACCAAGGUGGAAAACGGAGAGGGCACCAUCCCCGUGGAAUCGAGUGACAUCGUGCCAACCUGGGACGGCAUCCAGCACGGCGAACGCCUCCGCACCAUGUCCUGCAGUGACAAAAUCCUGCGCUGGAAUGUGCUCGGCUUGCAAGGCGCCUUGUUGUCACACUUCAUACAUCCGGUCUACCUUCGCUCAGUCACGCUUGGCUACUUGUACAGCCAAGGUCAUUUGACCCGCGCCAUUUGCUGCCGGAUGUCCAGAGACGGCAACCCCUUGGGGACGAGGCUUCCCACGCCCUAUUUGGUCAAUCACCCCGAGGUCGGCCGGGUCAGCGUCUACGACUCGGCGAGACAGACGGGGAAAACCAAGGAAUCGAGCAUCAAUUGGUGCCUCCCGGACGGCACCAACGUCGAAGUCCUGGACGGCACGAAAGGCAAAGUGGACGGGCCCAAGCUGGAUAUUUCGCGCGUCUCCAAGCAGAAUCUCUUCCAGCUUUUCCAGCUGCUUUGCACCAAGAUGGCUCGGGAAGAUCUCAAGAAGUUCACCGUCUACUCGGAGGCCAAAGAGUCGGCCGCUGACUACCAGAGUGCCAAGCAGCAGUUCUUUUGGGGCCUGCAAGAAAUGGGCUACGGGAGCUGGAUCUGCAAACCCCAGGAGGAGAAGACCUUCGUCCUGCCGGAACCCGCUCCCACUCCGUUCCUGUGAUAUAUAUAUAUAUAUAUAUAUAUUUUCCCCCUUGUUUUUCAAUUUUUUAUUUUCUGCAGAAGCCGAGGGAGAAAAAAAAAAGGGAGGACUUAAUUUUUUUAGAUUUGGAGCUGGCCGUUUGGGGUCGUUUUUAACGGAACCAGGGAUGUUUUUUCAGGUCGCGGUUUCAGAUUCCCGGGAAGAGCCGGACGUCCUAACCGAUUUCGAGCGGCAAGGUGUUUUAAUUCGGUUGGGCCAAGGGUCUUUCCUUUCCCUCCCCCCCCCCCGGCCUCCUCUUCCUCCUCCUCUCUUUUAAAUCCCCCCUUCCCCUUUUUUCAGCAUGGAUUUGCAGAGACGUGAUCCGAAACGUUGGGCUCGAGGGAACAAGAAAUCCACCAGCAUUCCUCUUUUCCUCCUUCCUUCCCUUUUUUUUCCUUCCUUCGUUCCUUUUUUUUCCUCCUUCCUUUCUUCUCCGUCUCCCUUCCUUUCUUCCUUAUCUCUGUCUUCGCCUUUCAUCCAUCCAUCUCUUUCUCUGCCUUCCUUCCUUUUUCUUUCUUUGUCUUCCUUCCUUUACUUCCCUUCCUUAUCUUUCUUCCUUCCUUCCUUUGUCUGUCUUCCUUCCUUCCUUCCCUCCCUCCUUCCUCCCUUCCCUAUCUAGUUCUUCCUUCCUUCCUCUUUGUCUUCCUUCCUUCCUUCCCUUCCUUAUCUCUUUCUCUGUCUUCUUUCCUUCCUUCCUUUUUCUUUGUCUGCCUUCCUUUCUUUCUUCCUUCCUUCCUUCUCUCUUUCUCUGCCUUCCUUUCCCACUUUUUUUUGGGGGGGGGGGAGGCGGCGACCAAAAAAAUAAAUAAAACGCCCCCAAAUCAUUAUUGGAACUUUUUCUUUUCAAACUGUGAAGUUAGCACGCUGGUAGCUCCAGUCUGCGUUGAGACUUUUUCUCGUUUCGCUCUUUUCCGUCCCGAGGGUUUCCGACGAACCUGUUGCAAGUUUCUUCACCUUGGGAAUCGACUCUCUGAGGGACAUUUCCACUUAACCCUCCGAGUCCUUUUGGACCGAGGAUUCGAACCUGUGGCCCGAGGGACGGUGUCAAGAUCGGCCUGUCCCGGCGGAUUUAACUUGGGUGUUGUGCGGUUGUGACUUUCCCCGUAGUUUCUCCUUUUCCCUAGCCAGCAAAUUCGGUAGUGUUUGGGGUUUUUUUUUCCCCCCCGUGUCGUCCAUCCGAAUCUAAAUUUUACAGAAAUUCGGGGAAGAUUUCCGAUCGGAGAGGCUGAAAACUCCAAACUUGUAAUCUUCCUCGUAGAUAUUAACCCGGAGAUUAGUGGGUCUCCAGAGCAGGCAAAACCCAUCAUCCCCUGCUAAAAAAAAAAAUCCUUUUUUUAAUUAUCUUCCCCCUUGUCCCGUCCCGUGGAUAUUGUCUUUGUGCACAAAGAUUGGACAAAAUUUAAGAGAUUUCCUUCUCUAAAGUCUUGGAACAGAAGUCUUGGCUUCAGGUGGGGGCUCUUGAAAUGAGGGUCUGGGGUCUCUGAUGGGGCCAAAUUGCAUUCUCUCCUGCCCCCCCCCCCAUCAAAAUGGGUCUCUCAAAAUCCCCAGGAUAAUUUUACAUGUCCGUUUUAAAUGUCUUUAUGCAAGAUUUCACCUUCUGCUUGGGUGCAGCUACCCAAAUGACUCCUUUUAAGCUGUUGUUUCCGUAAACCUGGGGUCUCCCGACGUGGCCCCUUUAAGACUGGGGGGGGGGGCUUCAAUUCCCAGUUGAAUUCUGGGAGUUGAAGUCUCCCCAGUCGUCUUAAAGGGGCCACGUUGGGAGACACCCCCCGUCCUUAAACUAAGAGAAAAAAGUGGGCCUCUGGUGAGAUAUUUUCAUAAUCCCCCCCCCUUUUUUUUUUUUAACCACGAUUGGUGUUCCCGUCACCUCUAGCGCUUGGCCAGCAUUGCCGAAAAUCUAUUUUUCUUUUUUAAAAAAAUGAAAAACUGGAGCCUUCUCUUCCCAACGUUUCCCUUACCCCCAUGGUUCGUGGGUCCCCCUCUUCUGUUGCAAUAGCCCCCAGCAAGGAAACCUACUUUAGAUUUCACCCUCCUUUUGUAAUGAUGGUUUAUUCCUCCCUCUGCCCCCCCUCUUUUUUUUUUUUAAAUUGAACGAGUCCGUGUUACGUUCCUUUUCCUUUGGAUGGACUGAAGUCUUUGCAUUCUGCCUGAAAUAAAAAAAGAAUUUUUUUUUUUCCUGUA